CGUAAAAAACAAGCAGGCUCGCGCACUAUAUAAACCUUCCGUCAGUGUUUUGGCUUCUUUCAGCUGUAUUGUGGAGCAAGAUCACAAGGCCCACCGUCACAUCAACAGAAUCAGAGAUAGAUUGCACACGAUCUCGCAACAAGCCAUGAAUUCUAGACGAGACAUCCGUAACAAUAAAGUUGCGCUGUUUGAUGGUAUUGAGGAGGGUGGCAUCAGGGAAUCAGCUCUUUACCCCUCUUCCCAUGAAAUUGAUGAACACGACAAUGAGCAAGCAAUGGAUGGAUUGCAUGAUAGAGUCAAUCUGAUGAAAAGAUUGUCUCGUGAUAUUCAAGAGGAGGUGGAUGGCCAUAACCGCAUGCUGGAUCGUAUGGGGAACGAUAUGGAUUCAUCAAGAGGAGUCCUCUCAGGCACUAUGGACAAAUUUAAAAUGGUAUUCGAGAAAAAAUCCAGCCAGAGAAUGUUUACGCUUGUAGCAUCCUUUGUUGUGCUUUUUCUCAUAAUAUACUACCUAACUAGGUAAUUUGAUCUUUCAUUGGAACUGUCAGCUUUAUGUUAGUUCUGAGAGGAAGCUGUUUUCUCUAUUCCUGUAAUUAAAGCUGCUGCUACAUGUAUGAUACUGUUAUGUAUAAGGUUUUGACGUUUUUAAACAGGUAAGAACCCAAUGAGAAUGUCCAUAUCCGAUCUGCGUUA